AUGGACGACGUAGACAACCUCUCUCCGCCGCUGCCCGCUUCAAGGAGGCGGUUUUCUAUCGAAGAUGACCUCCUACUUCUCAGUGCAGUUCAGGACAUCAAUCCCUUUGCUGACUAAGCGCGCUAGGGCGCGGUUACAAGAAAACUAAAUGAAGCAGCCGGCAACGCGUUUACCGUCCGCGCCGUCCGGGAUCGAUGCGAUCUCUUGGUAGCCCAGUUUUUCCGUCAAGACCGCACGAAUCUGCGCAACUCGGGGACCGAGGAGCAAUACGCGAAAAAAGAAAAUUUUCUUCAGGAGAUUUCCGAUUUGGCCAGAGAAUUCAGGCACCUGCCGAAAAUGCGGCCAAGGCAGGCCGCCAUAAGCCCUCGGGGUAACACGGGCACGGAGGGAACGCAGGCCGCCAGUCCGCGGUUGAGUGCGGCUGCGCUAGUGCGCGCAAUGCACGUGAUGAGAGACGUUGCCGCCUCUGCUUCAUAUGAAAAACAUCUUGCAGCAGCAGCUGAUGGCCAGGUGGACGAGAAUGAGCUUGUGAGCCCCACACGGGCUCAGGGCGAGCCUGAAGAGGAGAUGUGUGACGGCAUCGAUCCGUACACACUAUGUGUCGGCAAGGACAGCACUCCAGAUGCGUACGUGGUGCCAGCCACGACGCAUGUGGACAUAAUUACCUACCUGUUUCUGUUUACAAACUAUGUGUCGCUGCAACAGAUAAAGGCCUUCACUGCCUGGAUGCCCAUAACUAUUUGA